GGAUAUUCAGAAUAUAUGUCUUCUUCCCAACAGCCACUAAACUCAAGCAAAUCUCCCUAAAUUUUCCCUCAAAUCGCACGGCAAAGAAAGCGGAAACGCUCGGCGCACGCAAGGGCCAAGGAUCACGCCCUAUUUUCCAAUUCCGUCGAACGUUUCGAGAGCUGCCCGCAUCCGUCCUUGCCCGUUGUUUGGCCACUCUCGCGCUCUGUGCGCACAGUCUGUUCCAGGACAUGCGUCUCGCUAGUAGCCCGCACCAUCCUCUUGCAUGCGUGAUACGCGCGACUUGCGGUGUUCUUGAGCUGCCUAGCCACUUCUGUAUCAAGCAGGCCCGUGUUUAUGCAGUCGAUCAGGCCGAAGCAGACCUGCACCCAGGUACCAUGUCUGGGAUGAUUAUUAUCAACGAUGUUCCUGUUUUUGCUUUUAUUGACACUGGAACAACUCAUUCAUUUAUAUCACGCCGAUGUCUUGAUGCCAUUGGGGUUUGUUCGGUCAGCGCUGUCGAUCCCCUCGAGGUAAGUUUAGCCUCGGGGAGAAAUAUUGUGACUGAUGCUAAAUCCGAGAGUCUCAGCCUUUCAAUCGGCGGCCGUUUCCUGACUACCGACGCUUAUGUCAUCGAGAUGAGGGACUUUGACCUCAUUCUCGAUUUGGACUGGCUAACCCAUUUUCAUGCAGAUAUCCGCUGUCAUGACCGGGAGAUUACUCUUUUUCUUUCGGGAGAUGAUCAGAUCACUUAUUUCGGUUCCAGAACUCGUACUCUGUCUCAUAUUAUUUCAAGGGCGAUAGCCAAAAAGAUCUUACGACGAGGUGAUUGUCAGAGAUACCUAGUGAGCCUUGUCGGAGACGAACCGAAACCACGGACACCUCAUGACAUUCCUAUCGUUCGUGAGUUUGUGGACGUGUUUCCAGACCAACUUCCAGGUGGUCCACCCAGCCGUCAA